CUUUUUGAGAAGGAGGCCCAUCAUUGCCAAGGUUCAGCGCUACCGCACAAGCGAUGGCCUUCCUCCCCAACUGGCAGCAGCCGUUCUACACGCCCGUGCUCGUCAAGCCGCAUGGGGUCGUGAUCGAGUCGGGCCACGUAUGUGUUGAACCCGACUGCGGCCUCGUCUUUGAGGACGCGCAGGGUCUCAAAGACCACGUGACGCAGCACACGUGGGGCCCCCACACCGUGCAGACGCACGAGAACGGCGCCAAGACCUUCCACUGCCUCGGGUGUGGCAAGGCCAUGACCGACCGCAAGGUGCUUCGAAAGCACUUGCUGACGCACCAAGAGAAGCGGUUUCUAUGUACGUUUGACGGCUGCGACAAGAAAUUCUACGAACGCGCCAAGCUCAAGCGCCACAUGCUCGUGCACACCGGCGAGAAGGCCUUUCGGUGCACGUUUCCGGCGUGCGACAAGCACUUUGCGUACAAGGCGAACCUCAAGACGCACCUGCGCACGCACACAGGCUUGAAGCCGUUCCCGUGCCUCUUCCCCGGGUGUCCGCGGACCUUUGCGCAAGCCUCCAACCGCAAUUCGCACAUGCAGACGCACACACGGGCGUCGUCAAAAGCAUGGGCGGGCGACGCCAAAGAGACGCCGAUGCUCACGUCGUCGUCGUCGUCUUUGAAUGCGAUGGCCCCGUUCAAACUGCCGCCGAUGGACUUGUCGCUGCAAGACUUCCUCGGACCGAUGGACCCGAUGCUGCAACGCAUUCCAACGCCACGCUUUGCCAAGACCCCGAGCACGUCGAGUUGCUCUGUGUCGGGCAGUCACAUGCCGAGAGCGCAGUUGUCGCCGCUCGACUUGUCGCUGGACGGACUCAAGUCGAGUGAGCUCUACAACAUGCUGCCGACGCCCGGCUCGUUCCUCGGCGGCAACCUCUUCAGUUUUGACCCAGCGUCGUAACCUCGUGUUGGAGGCCCCAUUUUUAAUACACGGAUGAAUGACGUCAC